CGCAGUUAACUUUUCCUAUUUUUCCGAUUAGCCAGCAUAGUUUGUUUAGUUCAAUCGCAGGUCGGAGGAAUGGCAGACGGCUUUAGCGGCGUGUUGCGAAUUACAGAUUUAAAUGACUUUAUCGGGCCCUCUCAGGAAUGCAUCAAGCCGGUGACGGUAGAGAGACGUCCCGGAAAACUUGGGUCUAUCAAAAUCGGCGACGAUGGCUCCUACCUCCAAGUUGACGAGUCCGGGCAGGCUUCCAAACUGGAGAAGGCGCAGAUAACGCUCACGGACUGCCUGGCGUGCAGUGGGUGCGUGACUUCGGCGGAAACCGUGCUGAUCACCCAGCAGAGCGCCGAGCAGCUUUACGGCGUGCUCAAGGAAAAUGCGGAACUGCCUGAAGAAAAACGCAAGCUCAUCGUCAUCACCGUAGCCCCUCAGGUGGCCGCCUCAUUUGCUGGGAAGUAUGGCGUCGGCUACGAGCAUGCUUCAGCAAGGCUGACUGGCUUUUUCAAGACAUUGGGAGCCCACUAUGUUUUGGACUCCACAUUUGGCCGGGAGUUUGCCCUCAUCGAGGUGCUACGAGACUUCCUCGAGCGGUGGGCGCGGAGGGACAGCGAUCGAACUGCCCUCCCUCUUUUAGCAUCAUCAUGCCCAGGAUUCGUCUGUUAUGCGGAGAAGACUCAUGGCGACGUAUUGCUGCCGCACAUCAGCCGAGCCCGUUCGCCACAGCAGGUCAUGGGGUCGUUGGUCAAGAAGUUUCUGGCCGGUAGGCUGGGCAAAAAGCCUGACCAGAUUUACCACGUCAGUGUGAUGCCCUGCUACGACAAGAAGCUAGAAGCAUCACGGACGGACUUCUAUGAUGAAAUAUACAACACCAGAGAUGUGGACUGCGUCAUCACGUCUGUUGAAGUUGAAUCCAUGCUGGUGAAAGAAGGCAGGUCUUUUGGUGAAUUGCCCUCGGCUGCAUCAGAUUCGCUGUUCCGUUGUGAAGUUGGCGGCAGUCCCUAUAGGCACCCAGGAUCUGGAUCCGGUGGCUACUGCGAGUACGUCUUUGUGGAGGCAGCGAGGCUACUCUUUCACAGCAGGCCUGAAGAGGUUGCCUUUAAGACCCUCAGGAACCAGGACUUCCGAGAAGUGACCCUGGAGGUUGGCGGGGAGACUGUGUUGCGCUUUGCCAUCGCCAACGGUUUCCGCAACAUCCAGAAUGUGGUGCAGAAGAUGAAGCGGGCAAAGUGCCUGUACCACUUCAUCGAGAUCAUGGCCUGUCCUGCCGGGUGCCUCAACGGUGGAGCGCAGUUGCGACCAGAUGAUGGUGACUCGAAGGCUCUGUUGAGGCGUGUCGAAGAUGCUUACAACGCGGUCCAGUGUCAGCCACCUGGCAUCAACAGGGCCAUGCUGGACGUGUACCAAGACUGGCUCGGCCUUGAGGACCCACUCAACGGAAUUUGCAGUAGUGGUGAUGCAGCGCUGUUGAGAACUACUUAUCGCGCCUUGGAGAAGACGACAAGUGCACUCAACAUUCGGUGGUGACGAUGCUGUCGUUCUCUGUGUGGCGGCAUGGGUGUGAUCAAGUGUGUCGUGUAUGAACAUCAUGUGAGACUGAUUAUGAGGUGAACUUUGUUCUUAAGACAGUACUUGUUGGAGACUAAAUGUGUUAUAGGAUAUACACUUGUGAGCUAAAUGAGAAGGAACAAUGAAUUAAUAUUCAAAUAACAAUUACAGUCGCCUUCCAUUGGCCGAUCGACUGUACUGUACCGGUGCUACGAAGCAUGCAGACUCCGGGUUUGCACAGACGUCAUUGAGCAGGGCUUCAGGGCUUCACCCCUGGCCCUCUGCGUCCCCGCAUUGUGCUGCAAUUGCACGCUGCAGGGAAAAGGAGAGACUGUAAUGCAAGGCCUUUACUCCUUAUUAAGAUUAUGUUUGCGUUCCUCUUGUAGAGCUGCACUACACCCUUGGGCGGCUAGGGUGCUCCUGCCCGCGGCCGAGAAGGAGAGCCUGGCCACCUGAGCCAUACGCUGUGCCUUGAUUACCUCUUCCAAUGUGUUGUGAAUACCCAGUUGCAUGAGCGGGUCCUUGCUAGUACGCAAAGGGGCCCCUAGCACUCUCUUGAUGCUCUUGCAGAUCAGGAGAUUGAGCUUAGCCUUUUCAUUACUCUGCCAGCAGUGCAUGGCCGCAACAUAGGUAAUGUGGCUCAUUAAAAAAGUGUGGAACAACCUUAGUAAAUUGUUCUCCCUGAUGCCACCUUGAGAUUUGGAGAUUCUAGUGAUGAGCCGAACCAUGCUUUCUGUUUUAGCUGUGAUUUCGUUGAUGGUCUGCACAUUAAAUGUGCCAUUAGCCUCUAUAAGCAUGCCAAGAACUCUGAUGAACUCUACCCUAGGGAUGAGAUGACCAGAGCUGGGCGAAGCUUUAUAAUGACGUCCGAGAGGGAGACCCAGCCUCUAGGUUUGACACCCCUUCUCUUGGGUCUGUACAGCAAAAGUUCCGACUUGCUAGGAGCGAGUCGGAGUCUGGUUCCACUAAGGGAAGCCUCGGUGUAAUCCACAGCUUGUUGGAGUGCCUCCUCUUCUCUACCCUCGCUGUCGCCCGUGCACCAGACGGUGAUGUUGUCGGCGUAAAGGGUAUGAUGUAUGCCCCCACUUGCGAGAACCUCUUGGAAAGCCCACAGACAGCAAUGUUGAAUAAAAGUGAUGAGACCAUCGAA